CUAAGCAAAAUACGGCCUAAUAGUGGCCUACGCGCGGUAGUGCCGGUGGUGGUGCAGUGUGUCGGCGCAGACGGCGCCGACGCUGUCAUGGACGAGUUUCACGCGGCGAACGCGGGCCUCCCGACGGGCCGCCUCGUAUUCGUGGACCUGGCGGACGGCUCCUCCCGGCGGAAGCGAGCUCGAGCCUCCGCAGCGCUGACGGCCUUGGUCUGCGCGAGGACAGCCUCCUCCUCGUAGCUGUCGUGGACGUAGUCCCCGGCGGAGAUGGUGGGCGACCACGCGGGGACGAGGUCGUCGUCCUCGAUGCUGUCCGCGACGGGAGCCCUGGCCCGUAUGAAAACGGCCGUAGGGUCUGGUUGGUGGUUUCUUACCCCUACUCUGUCUCUCCCCCGACUUUCACACUGGCCGGCGGCGCCGACUUGGUUUCGUCCCUCCCUCGCAAGUUGAUUUGGAUACGGAAGGUGUUUGAGGUAGGGCGGGAUCAGCUACCGGAGCGCGGCGUCCACUUGAGUUUAAGUAGCAGAGCGAGAGACGCUCCCUAGGAAAAGUAGCAGAGGGAGAGACAGAGGAGAACGGAAACUUCGAGGGCACAGUCAAUCAUCCGGCCAUGGGGCUGCUGGCGCUGAAUCGGCUCAUGUCCAUGCAGCGGGAGCAGAUGAGGAAUCGCAACUACAGCCAACCACAGAAUGGCUCGAGAAUUGCUUCAUCAUUAACUAAAAGAAACAGCUCACCCUGCCGACAAAAGGAUGAUAAUUCUCAUGGUGGCACAAAAGUAAGAUAUGCAGGGCCAUACCUUCCAGAGGAAAUCUGGCAUCAUAUAUAUUCCCUAGUGCCAAUGAGAGAUGCUGCCAGGGCUGCCUGUGUGUCUCAUGCCUUUCUACGCUCCUGGAGAUGCCAUCUGAAUCUCGCCUUCACCAAAGAAACUAUGUGCUCAAAAGACAAAUUACGCCACUGGACAGGGGGUGUGGAUGAUAAAAGAGACAGAAGAGAGUAUAACAACAAUAUUGAACGUAUCCUGGCAAACCAUAGAUGCACUGGUGUGAAAGCUUUGGAGCUUGAUUUCUAUGGCCCUUACAAUACCAAAUCUUAUAAUCGUCUCAAUAGUUGGCUACAGAUUGCUAUGACACAAGUCACCAAAGAACUUACCCUUUCAGUGUUGUCAGACAAGUCAAAAUACGACUUCCCUUGCUCACUUUUAUCUCAUAGGAGUGGAAACACAAUUCGGUAUCUCAGCCUUGAUCAUUGUGCCCUGCGCCCUACUGUUAACCUUGGUUUGAGAUGCCUUACAGAGUUGGAACUGUAUGAAGUGCGAAUUACAGGGGAUGAGUUAGGGCGCCUUCUUUCCAGUUCAUUUGCUUUGGAAAAAAUGAAGCUCACAUACUGUUAUGAUAUAAUUCGCCUCGAGAUACCUUGCCUGCUGCAGCGGCUCAGCUAUCUGGAGGUGUUUGAAUGCUCGAGUCUUCAAGUUAUAGAGAACAAAGCCCCAAAUAUCUCCAGCUUUGACUUUGCAGGUGGUGAAGUACAACUCCCGCUUGCAGAGUCACUGCAAGUGAAGAAGCUCAAGUUGUACAUAGGUGUGUUAUCAGUUAUGCUAUCGACAAGCUCCCGUCCAGUGUGCCAUAUCUUGAGACUCUGACCUUAUGUUCUCGUUGUGAGAUAGUCAAUGUACCGAUGGUAACUAAUAAAUUUCUCCACCUCAAGGAGUUAAAUAUUUCUAUCUGUGGAUGGAGCUCCAACCAGGAAUAUGAUUUUUUAUCAUUGGCUUCUUUCCUUGAUGCUUCUCCUACCUUGGAGAUUUUUGUCUUGUCUGUAUCAGUGGCGUCGAAGUAUGACUUGAUUGUUGGAGAUCCCUCAAAUCUGAGGCAAAUUCCGGAACACCGCCAUGACAAGCUCAAAAUUGUGAAGAUCACUGGUUUCCGCCCCCAGAAGAGCUUGGUUGAGCUAACACGACAUAUUCUAGAGAGUGCAACAUCACUUAAGUUCCUUAUGUUAGACACUAUUACUGUAAGUUGAGAAAGACUCUGAGGCUUACUGGUUAGUACAUGUGAAGUUGUACUAAACAGCCAGAGUUCGAGACUCACCACCUCCUAUAUCAAAUACAACGGUGGUUCCUCCCAUUGUUGGUUUCAUCUUU